AUGGGACUUCUAAAUUCUUCAGAUAAAGAAAUCAUUAAGAGAGCACUUCCUAAAGCUUCGAACAAAAUUAUUGAUGUGGCGGUGGCCAGACUUUACAUUGCAUAUCCCAACAAGAACGAUUGGCAGUACACUGGGCUCUCAGGAGCACUUGCUUUAGUAGAUGAUCUCGUGGGAAACACAUUUUUUUUAAAAUUAGUUGACAUCAGCGGCCAUAGAGGAGUCAUCUGGGACCAAGAAUUGUACGUUAAUUUCGAAUACUAUCAAGAUCGUACUUUUUUUCACACAUUUGAAAUGGAAGAGUGCUUCGCAGGGCUAUUGUUUGUUGAUAUUAAUGAGGCAUCGCACUUCCUUAAGAGAGUUCAAAAACGUGAGAGAUAUGCCAACAGAAAGACUUUGUUAAAUAAAAACGCUAUAUCUUUAACCAAAAAAGUAAGAGAAGAAGAAAGGUCUCAGGUAGUACAUGGUCCAAGAGGGGAGUCAUUAAUUGACAAUCAAAGAAAAAGAUAUAACUAUGAAAACGUGGACACAAUCCCGACUACAAAGCAUAAAGCUCCUCCACCUCCUCCUCCUACAGCCGAGACAUUUGAUUCAGAUCAAGCAAGUUCAUUUUCUGACAUUAACUCGACAACAACAUCAGCACCCACUACUCCAGCUCCAGUUCCUCCAGCAUCACCUGAAGUAAAAAAAGAAGCAACACAUUCCAAACAUAGCUUACCGCCUUUGCCAAACCAGUUUACACCAUUACCAGAUCCUCCACACCACAAUGAUUCUUCACAGGAUAGCACUCCCUCACAAUCUCAAAGUAAUCCAUUUCCAUUUCCGAUUCUCGAAUCUUCCCCAGUUCAAUCUGCAACAAACCCAUUUCCAUUUCCGGUACCUCAACAGCAAUUUAAUCAAGGGCCAUCAAUGGCAAUUUCGCAGCAGAACAGACCUCUUCCCCAGCUGCCUAGUAGAAGUAAUCGUCCCGUACCACCACCACCACCAAUGCGUACUACUAUCGGAGGUGCGGUUAAUCGCCCAUCUCCACCUGCACCUCCACCAAGGCGUGGGCCAGCACCUCCUCCUCCACCACAUAGGCACACAACUAGUACUAAUUUGAAUUCUGCCGGAGGGAACAAUCUCCUUCCACAAGCUACUGGAAGAAGAGGACCGGCACCACCUCCACCCCCAAGAAUAUCUCGCCCGACACCAAACAUGCCCCUGCAAUAUAAUUCACAACAGUACAACAAAACUAACCAACCCUUUGGAUAUCAACCAGAUACUCAAAUGUCACCUCAACCAUCACAACCUCCUCCUCCAAUGACAACGUUCAAUACGUUAACAUCGCAAAUACCUGCUGCGAGUGUACCAUCUACAAUCCCCUUACCCCAAGUAUCUCAGAUGUCUACACAAACUACAAAUGCGCCGGUAGCACCACCACCUCCUCCAGCAUUUUUAAGCCAAACGCAGACAUCUCAAUCAGUUCCCCCAGCACCUGUUCCGCCAUCAUUACAAUCGACCACGAAUUCUGCACCUCCUCCUCCACCAGCAUUCCUUACUCAACAUCCCCUAUCAACGGCUGCUCCUGCACCUCCACCACCACCUCAAAUGCCAGCAGCAUCAACACCGGGUGGCGGUUCACUUACUGAGACUACCGGAGAUGCCGGACGUGAUGCAUUAUUAGCGUCAAUUAGAGGUGCAGGUGGAAUAGGUGCCUUGAAAAAAGUAGAUAAAUCUCAGCUAGAUAAACCUUCAGUCUUACUACAAGAGGCCCGCGGAGAACCAGUUUCAUCACCAGCAGCCGCAGCAGGCAAUGGCGGAACUGUAGGCGGACCCCCGGCUUCUUUAGCUGAUGCAUUGGCAGCAGCUUUGAACAAAAGAAAAAAUAAAGUGGGAGCUGAAGACGACAUGGACAAUGGAGAUGACUGGUAA